AUGAAUCAGUAUGACCAAUGGAAUCGUAGGAUACGAACAAUCUGGUACUGCAGCAGCUUAUAUGUUGAGUAUAAAAAUGCGUUGAGGAAAUCGAAAAAAAUGCCCGUCGAAAAAAAAAAUGAAUAUUGGGAAAAAAAGCAUGAAGAAUUCGCUACAAAAAUGUUAAAUAAUAUUUACGAGCUGCGAGGAUGGUGGGUUAAGGUCGGGCAAUUUUUAAGCACCCAGGAAAAUAUUAUGCCAGUUGCAUAUAUAGAAAAGUUCACAAAAUUGCAAGAUAUGAUGCCUACAUCACCUUUUGAAAAAAUUGAAGUUAUUUUAAAAAGGGAAUUAGGAGACAUGUAUGAACUUUUUGAUUAUAUUGAUAAAACCCCUCUUGCAAGUGCAUCAAUAGGACAAGUACAUAAGGCUCGAUUGAAAACAGGGAGUAUGAUUGAAAAUAUGAGUAAGUCAUAUAAAAACGAUUAUAAUGUUAUAAUAAAAAUUCAACAUGAAGGUAUAGAUAAAUUUUUAUCGUCUGAUAUUAGUACAUUGAAAAAAGUAUCAUGGGCAUUUGGAUUAAUAGACAAAAAUUUUAAUUUUGGUGAUUAUAUUGAAGAAUGGCAAAAUUCAGCAUCAAGAGAAUUAAAUUAUAAUUAUGAGUUAUAUCACCAAUUGUUAGCUUAUAAUACAUAUAAAAAUUCAGCUAUAGAUUUAAAAAUUCCUAAAAUAUAUUGUGCAUAUACAACUUCAAAAGUUUUAGUAAUGGAAUAUAUUAAAGGAUUUAAAAUUACGGAUACAAAAUCUAUAAAAAAAUAUAAUAUAAAUACAUAUGAUUUAAUAUAUAGAAUUAUAGAUUAUUUUGCAUAUCAAAUACAUAAUGAUGGUUUUUUUCAUGGGGACCCUCAUCCCGGUAAUAUUCUUGUCAUGUUAAAAAGUAAUAGAAAUAAAAAAGCUAGAUCUAAUAAAUAUUCUAAAGAAAAAAAUAAAAAACUAAAUUAUUAUGAAAUAAAUGAAUUAGAUAAUCAAAACAAAUUACUUAAUUGUAGUGAAACAGAAUAUAGAAGUUUAUCAAAUUAUGACAAUCAAAAUGAUUAUGAUGAAAAUGUAAAUAAAUUCAUGAAAAGGCAUAGUUUAGGUAAUGGAUCUUGUGCAUCUAUGGAAGAAUUUAUAAGUUCUAGAUAUAAUAUUACACAUUUAAAAAGUGGUUUCAAUAAAUAUCGAAACUCUUAUUCAAAAAUGGGUAGUUCAUCUGGGAUUUAUAAUAAAAAGGAUGAAGAUAUUGCAGACAAAGUUUUAAGGGAAGAUUAUAAAUAUCUUAUCAACAAUACCGACAUAAUUAAUAAUGAAAAUAAAACAACUGAAAAUGGAAUGAGUAAAAAUAAGGGGGAAGAACAAAGUACUAUAACUUCAAAUAAAAAUGCAUCAAAAUCAGAGAACUCCACUUCAUAUAUUAAAUCAAAUUCAAAAAUAAAUAAGAAAGAAAAAAAGGAAUAUCCAAAAGAAAUGAAUAAAGAUGAAACAUAUGCUACAUCAAUUGAAUUAGACGAAAAAGAAACAAGUUUAAGUAAAAAAAGUGAUGAAAAUAAUUUAAAAAGGGAAAAAAAAAAAAAAAAAAAAAAAAAAAAAAAAGUCUUAUGA